AUGAAUUUAUAGUUCAAAAUCCCUACCAAUUCUGAAAUAAAUCGAAAAGAGAGUGUGAUUGAAUCCGAAAAUCAAUUCGAAACCAGCUCAGAUAAGAACGAUUCACGAAAAAAAGUUCAAAAUCACUUCAUGCUCUGAAAUCGGAAAAUCAAUUCGAAACCAGCAAAGAUAAGAAGAAGGAUUACAAAAAGUGCAGUUAUUGUAGAAGCAUAAACAUGGCGGAGGCUGCAGUCUUAGGGAUGAUACAAGAUCUCGAGAGUUUACACGUUACAUGUACCGAUAGGGACGAUCUUGAGAUGUUCGAGGACAAAAUUGUAGUGCUGAAAGAGAUAUUGGAUUUGUUGAGAAACUUGAAAUUGGAAGAGAGGAGCAGGCUAAAAUAUUUAAUAGCUGACCUGGUUGAGUUGGGUCAAGAUGUCUUGGACAUGGACAUCUCAUGGAUUGAAUUGAGAUUAAAGUGCAUCAAAGAUGAGAUACAAGUGACAAAGAUGCGGAUGAGAAACUUUGGAGCUGAUGAGAACAAUAUUGGAGACGAAGAAGCAGAAGAAGAGGAAGUUGUGGUGGGGUUGGAGAAAGACAUGCAGAAGUUGCUUGACAGAGUGAUUUUAACAAAGGUUAAGGAGUUACGGAUAAUGUGUAUAAAGGGCAUGAUUGGUGUCGGGAAGACAACUCUCGCCAGACAAGUGUACAAGGCCGGGGCUGGCCAGUUCCAGCGUCAUGCCUGGGUAUGCGCUUCUACUGACAUGAGUAAAAAAGAGAUACUUAUGAAACUGAUACAACAAAUGGUGGAAGGAUAUGAAAGAGAUCCGUCAUUGGAAGAAAUGGACAACCGGAGCCUCCAACGGAUUCUAUGCCAGCACCUGCAGGACAUGUCAUAUUUCAUUGUUCUCGACAAUAUUCCGAAAGAAAUGGGAUUGGAUUCCAUCUUCAGAGGUCUUCCAUCUGAAGGCCUUACUGGAAGCAGGUUGCUGUUUGCGAAUCGCUAUGUGCUUAGAACAGGCAACAUCAAUUAUACUCAUGAGAUGAGUGCUUUGGAUUCUGAUAAGAGCUGGCAAUUGUUUUUGAAAAUAGUUGAUAAAAUUACAUGUGUUGAGAACAAAUUCAGUAAGGAGUUGGAGAGGAAGGGAAGGGAGAUGUUGAAGAAAUGUGGGGGUUUGCCGAUGGCUAUAAAAAAUGUUGCAAGGCAGAAAGCAAAACAAAGACUUUCGGGGAUUGAUUGGGAACAACUUUUUGAUUCAAUUGAUUUGAUUGAAUCACUGAAGUUAUUGGAACCGAUGUAUCAUCAAUUGAAAGAACGUUUCAAGCCACAGUUCUUGCAUUUUUCCUUUUUUAAGGAAAAUGCAUUAAUGAGAGAGACAAAGUUGAGACAGAUUUGGGACGCAAAUGGAUUAUAUAAUAUACCAGUUACAAGGGAAUUUGUUGAUAGCUCGAUUCUCAAAGUCGCGAAGCAGCACUUUUGUCAAAUAAAAUGUCACCUCCAUCCUCUAUUACACAUGAUAUCAAUCAAAAAAGCUGAAGAGGAAAUGGGCUUAGAGAUCUUAAGGAGCAAUGGAAACAGUAGGCCCUCUCAGAAUGCCCGUCAUCGUGUUAUCCAUUGUGGCAGAGACAGGUUUAAUCAUUUCACGAAGGAAGAUUGCAAACAACUUAUUUCUCUCGUCUUCCAUGGAGGUGGUCGCUACUUGGACGAUGUUAGCCAAUCAUAUUGGAAGAGUUUUGAAGCCCUCAAGAUACUCGACAUAGAGGAUUUUGGGUUGAAGAGUUUGUCUGAAACUAUCGGCACAUUGAUUGAGUUAAGGUAUUUGGGAUUGAGAAACAAUUACAUACAAGAGAUCCCACGCUCGUUGGCGGAUCUGGAAAACCUUGAGGUUCUUGAUAUAGCUCUGAACUUUAUGAUGGAGGUGCCAAAUAUUAUAUGGCAUAUGGGCAACCUUUGUCAUCUCAACAUGUCUGAUGUGAUUUUUCGGAAGCCUUUGACAGUAGAUGCGCUGCAGAAUAUACGGUCCCUAGCAUACAUCUCAAUUUAUGAUUGGACAUGUGAGGACCCGAACUCCAGUAGAAAGUAUAAACUUCUAAUGUUGGGCUUUGAAGAUGUUGAUGGAAACUCGGAUGUAGGCAAGCUCUUUAAAUCACUAGCUAAGCUUCCGAACUUUUAUGAACUUUCUGUAAGAGGGUUUCGUUUUAGAAGCAUGCCAUGUUUGGAUGAAAUUUGUUUUAUAAAAAGACUCAAGGUACUAAAACUAGAUGGGCGCAUUGGUAGGUUACCAAGUGCAGAUAAUCUACCUCAACAGGUUGAGUACAUAGCAUUGAUAAAUACUUGUCUUGAUAAAGACCCCAUGCCGAUAUUAGAGAAGCUCAGUUCCCUAAGCAAGCUCAAACUGCGAAAUGCAUACACUGGACGAGAAAUGGUGAUCCAAGAAGACGGAUUUCCUGAGCUUGAAUUGCUUUGCAUCAAUGAAUUGUGGAAUCUUAGAAAUAUACAAGUUGAUGAAGAUGCAAUGUUGAAUCUCAGGAAACUUGAAAUCAACAACUGUCCACAUCUAGAGACACUCCCAGAAUGGAUUAGGUCGAAUUCUGAACUGCAAAAGUUUAAGAUGGUAACAACAAAACACAUUGCAACAAAGAUCAGAAAUUCUGGUUUGACCUCCGAAAUUAUUGAGGAGGAUAUCUAUCCAUAGUUUGAAGUUGAUAUAUAUAUCUGUCUUCGCAGAUGGUGCAAUGUCGACCGAUAGAGAGAUAGAGGCUUCGGCCACUUCUUCACCACCGCUGUCGCUCCCGAGGGCCUUAACCAGACCUCUUGAAGAUUUUGUCUAUGAUUGUUUCCUUAAUUUAUCCUUUAUUUUUGGUAUCUAAUUGAUUUCCAUGUAUCAAGUCGAGCAUAAUUAUAUGCUUCAUUCUGGUUUUCUUUGUUGGUUAAAGAGAGUAUGUGGCAUAAUAGGCUUGGUCACAUGAGUGAAAAAGGCUUAAAUGUCCUGAAAAAGCACGCUAUCUUAUCUGAUUCUGAUGUUCAUGGUAGCCUACCUUUCUGUGACACUUGUGUUGCUGAGUAAACAGCAUAGGGGUACUUUUCAAACUCCAGUUCUGCAAAUAUAAGUAAGAAUGUUCUUGAAUACUUGCAUAUGGAUGUGUGGGGCCCUGCUUCUGUGUCUUCUCAUCCUAAUGCUG